AUGUCUUUUAAACGCGAAGGCGACGAUAAGAGUCAACUAAAUAUCCUCAAGAAACGACGCGUCGCGGACCUACUGUCAAACUUUAUUCCAGACGACGAAGCAACACUUUUGAGCAAUGGAAGGUACACUUGUCUUGUGUGCCACUUCCGCCCAGUGUUUGACACUGUUGACAUGUUGACAGUACACAGGAAAGGUAAAAGACAUCUAGAAGGUUUAAAAGCGUUCUAUGGUAAGAAGGCUCAGCUCAAGCAUGAAAUAACAAAACGGAAACAAGAAAUCUUCACCCAAGCCGAAGACCAGCAGCAAGAAGGAUCAACUUUAGCAGCACCUUUACUAGCACAAACGCGGAAGCUGACUCAUCACGCUUUGCUGAAGACCGGCCCGUAUAACAGCUGCCAUCGUAAAACCAGCACUAAAACUGAAAAAGCGCCAGCAAACAGCAAAAGUCUAUUUCAGCAUACGGUGCCACCUUGUGGGAUUGCAGAGUCAAACAAGGUUCUCGUCCCGACAGAAAGUGAGAAGUCAACCAACACCACACGAGGGCGCCCCCUGGCAGCGUCAACAUCUGAACCCAUGUCAGCUCAGAGGAGACAAGAGUUGGAGCAUUAUCUCAAAUUGAAAAGUGACGGGUGGCUGCGAGACCCAAGUGGCCGCUGGGUGAAAGACGACAAUGUGGAGUUUGAUUCAGACGAGGACGAGCCUGUGUCCCUUAUAGCCGAAUCAUCGGGGAAUGUCCAGGAAUGGCCAUGA